AUGCCUUCUCGAUUACCACUUCCCCGUUUGUCCGAACAGCGCCUCAGGGCAAUCCCUCGGGUCGCCAAUGGCUCUCGCCAUCUAAGUACUGUUGGCCGCAGGAAUCUCAGUUCGCCUGCGCUCCGCAGACAUCUCAGCCGUUCCAACGGAUCCUCCACCAGCCCACUGCAAGUUCCCGUCUCGGGAGCUCCCCGGUUUGAUCUCGGAUUCUUUGGACGUCACCAGGUCCGAACUUAUGCGGACUCCGUUGUCAAGGUUCCUCAGAUGGCCGAAUCCAUCACGGAGGGCACAUUGAAACAAUUCUCGAAACAGGUUGGCGAUUAUGUCGAACGUGAUGAAGAGAUAGCGACUAUUGAGACGGACAAGAUCGAUGUUUCCGUCAACGCACCUGAUUCGGGCACGAUCAAAGAACUCCUAGUGAAUGAGGAAGAUACUGUGACUGUUGGACAGGAACUUGCAAAGCUGGAACUGGGUGGCGCCCCUGAAGCGAAAAAGGACGGAUCUUCCCAGGAAAAGAAAGAACCUGCCGCUGAAAAGCCCAAGGCACCAGCCGAGCCAGCACAGGAGACGAAAUCGACGAAACCUUCGUCGGAAAAGCCGGCAGCUCCUGCAUCUGAGAGCAACAAGAAGCCGGCGUCCGAAGCCUCUCAGCCUCCGUCUUCUGAGGCAGCCAAGUCCAGCCCUAGCGGUCGUGAGGAACGGCGGGUCAAGAUGAACAGAAUGAGGUUGCGCAUCGCUGAGCGCUUGAAGCAGUCUCAGAACACUGCUGCCUCGCUUACUACUUUCAACGAGGUCGACAUGUCGUCUCUUAUGGACUUCCGGAAACUAUACAAGGAUGAUAUCCUCAAGAAAACUGGCGUUAAGCUUGGUUUUAUGAGCGCCUUCUCCCGUGCCUGUGUUUUGGCCAUGAAAGAUGUGCCUGCUGUUAAUGCAUCCAUUGAGGGUCCUAACGGGGGUGAUACUAUUGUGUACCGCGACUACGUGGACAUCAGUGUGGCUGUCGCUACCGAAAAGGGUCUUGUCACUCCUGUGGUCCGGAACGCCGAGACUAUGGAUCUUGUUGGCAUUGAGAAGGCCAUUGCGGAUCUCGGCAAAAAGGCCCGCGAUAACAAGCUUACCAUUGAAGAUAUGGCCGGUGGUUCUUUCACUAUCAGCAAUGGCGGCGUUUUCGGUUCCCUGAUGGGCACGCCGAUUAUCAAUCUGCCCCAGACAGCCGUUCUUGGACUGCAUGCGAUCAAAGACAAGCCCGUCGUGGUCAACGGCAAAAUUGAAAUUCGCCCCAUGAUGUACCUUGCUCUCACUUAUGACCAUCGUCUUCUGGAUGGCCGGGAGGCGGUUACGUUCCUUGUUAAGAUCAAGGAGUAUAUCGAGGACCCUCGUCGCAUGUUGCUCGGCUAA